AUGUUUAAAUACAAAAAAGUAGACUCAACUGAAGUAAAGAUUAUAAAUCUUGCUUAUGGCAUUGGCAUUAACGUUAACAGCAUAAUUGGAUCGGGAAUUGUUACUUCACCAGGAAUUAUUUGGAAUUCAGUAAAGUCUCCAGGAAUCGUAUUAUUAUUAUGGUUUAUAGGUGACUCUGCGAUUAAGCCAGGAAUUACAAGUGCAGUUUUACAGUCUGCGGCGCAAUAUUUUUGGUAUACUAUUAGUGAACAUCAAUUUGAUAUGGAGCCAAAUAAAAACGGAUUUCAUCUUUCAUUCUCUCCGUUUUA